AUGAAACUCUUAAGGACAACGGGAUUCUUUCAUGGAAGUGCACUCUUAUUUAGUGCCAUGGUAGGGGCAGGAAUUUUUGUGUCUCCUAAAGGGGCAUUAAAAUACUCCUCACUGAACAUCCCAGUUUCUCUGAGUAUUUGGGUAGGUUGUGCCCUGCUGAGCAUGAUGAAUGCUCUCUGUCUUGCAGAGCUGGGGACCACCUUCCCUGUGAGUGGAGCAUCUUAUUAUUUCCUCAAAAGAUCUCUUGGAUACUCUGUUGCUUUUCUCAGCCUUUGGAUUAAAACUUUUACUCAUUUCCUAGGCACUGGUGCUCAAAGCCUACUAAUAGCUAGUUAUCUAAUUCAGCCUUUCUAUUCUGGGUGCCCAGCUCCAGAGGUCCCAAAGAAAUGCCUAGCUUUAGCUGUUCUGUGGUUUUUUGGAAUUCUUAAUGCUCGAGGGAUGAAAACAGUGGCUAGAUUUCAAACUGUCACCAGUUUGAUGAAGAUAUUCAUUCUUUGCCUCAUUUCUCUAACUGGGGUGGUACUGUUAGUGAUUGGGAAGAAGGAGAAUGUAUCCAGGUUUGAGAAUGCUUUGGACGCUGAACUUCCUGAUACCUCACAGAUUGCAGAGGCCAUUCUCCAAGUGUAUUUUUCAUAUAUAGGAUCAUCAUUACUGAUCAACAUAGUAGGUAAAGUCAUUCAUAAAAAUAUCUGCCAUUAUGCCUUAUGGGUUUCUUUAAAAUUUGGGGAAAAGAUAAAUAUGAUUGCUUCAUGCUUUGUGUGGCGGCCAUUUGUAUUUGGAUCUAUAGUUUCAUCAGUUCGUCUCAUUUUCACACCAGUUAUUCGGUCUCCUAGUGUAGAGCGUGUCUAUCAGGUUGCCUUCCUUGGCUGUGGACUUCUGUGUUACUGGCUUCCAGCUCACCUUCAUAGGCAUGCUGCUUGUUUUGACACGAUCACUUGUCACUGCCAACUCCUUUUCAAUGUCUCCCCAUCUGAAGACCAAGAUAAAUUAAUUGCUCCCCAAAAUUAUGACUAAAGAAGUACAUUUGAAAAUAAGGAAGUAUAACCCAAUUUUUAAGACGUGAGAAUACUGUUAUUGCAAUUUUGUUUUUAGAUGUAUAUGCUGUUAA